AUGUUCGAGGAAUUCCUAUCUAAAGUACCGAUAGGCUGGGACAGGCCUCAGAGUUAUUCCAAUGCGGUCGAGGUAAUACGCUAUUGCUUAAAAAAUGGCAGCAAAGAACAACUGUCAAAAUUUGCCAACUCUGCCACGUUCGUCUACGAAAUCCAAGAAAAGAAAUUUAGUAUUUGGAAUACCUUCAACGACACAAUUUUUACCAAUCAAAUUGGCUUUGAUAGAGACAUACAGGUACUCAUUGAAUUUAUGGCGGAGAAACUGAAUGUAGACGACAUUAAAAUACUUAUGCUUCACGAUGACAUAGGUAAAGGCCCCUUCUUUCUUCGUCUUAUUCUUUGGGAAGGGAUUCGGUUCACCUGGGAGAUGAUAGACCUUUUACCAGCAAAUGUGCGAGAGCCGGUGAACAUCUAUUUGAAAAACAAUGGACCUCAAAUUAUUCACAAAAUGUUUUUCUCGAACGGCACGGAAACGCUGCUAGCAAAAAUGCGCCAACUAGGUCGGAUGUAUUCGAUAAAUAUUUUGCAGUUUUACCUGGACAAUGGAAACAAAGAGCAAUUAGCGCAAUUUAUGGAAACCAUCACAUCCAUACAUUACGUUGGGAGCGCCAAACGUAGUUUGUGGGGAGCCGCAAGCCUGCACACAUUCACGACUGACAACACUAUCAACGAGUUUCUCGGAUGUGUCUCCGAGAAGCUGGGCAAGAAAGCAGUGAAAAAAUUGGUGUUGCACAAAGAAAACAAUGAGUUAGAUGUCGUCAUCAUUUACGCAUUGCGGAAAAGCUGGGCGGACAGAUGCAUUGCCAUGUUUGCCUAUUUGGACGAUGAAGGCCGUGAUGAAGUUCGUCAUUUGGUCGAAUCACUUCCAUCCCAUACGGAUGUCGAACGCUACGGUCAACAAUUGAAAGAUAAUUGGGACGAGGUGGAAUUGAGUAAAAUCAAAUAUACUCAUGGAAAGAAUACUUUACUCACUGAAACACCAGGUAUGGGCCACAAUGUAGAAACAGGACUUCCAUUAGUAAUGACUCACGUUUAGACCACUGCACAGAAUCACGACACAUUCUGGAACCGUUGCUGUUACACUACUGGUGAGACAAAGAAUAAAGUACAAAUAUAAUUUGUACGGAAACCGCUGUUAAAAGUACAAUAGCUGAAAUUUUAUAUCUAAUUGUAGUAGUAGUAAAAUGAAUUAAAUACGCAACUUGAGAUUACCUUGGAUUUCACCGUAAAAGUAUUCGUCAUCUUUUUAUCUCUGAUUUUUCACCUCUACCUUCCCAUUUCCAGUUCGGCCGCAUUUUAUAGUUUGCUGAAAACAGAGGCGGGGACGGGAAAAACCAUGAUGGCCGCCGUUUGCGGACCACUCCUCCUAGAGACGUAAGUUUCAGGUCACACAAGUAGGUAAACAGAUUGAACAUUCUUGCAAAUCAGAUGACGUAACAUCCAUCGAGUAAAAUUCCACUUUUAAAGUUCACAAUGUUCCAAACGCCUUCUAACCAGAAAAUAUUAAGAUAAUUUUGGCAUUCGCAAUCGCUCGUCGCACUAGCGCUGUUGAAAAGCAAUGCACAGUGACAUGUGAGUACUUUGGCAAAUUUUAACUUUCGGAAAGCUUGUGAGGUGUGACAAAGCUAUCCAUCGUAAGCGACGCACUGUGGUGGUAUUAUUAAGAUUGAUCUUCCAGCAGCCUUGGUCACUGGCUACAUUAUAAGCACUUUGCCAUUAGGUAAUAAAGCAGCUUGAAGUAGAUGUCGAUCGGACGUUAAAGAGAUCGAAAACAAAGGUAUAUGUUUGUUUGGGAUUGGUUCGCAAGAAAGUGGUGGGAAAAACGACAAUUGGGCAGAGGAUGCAUUGGCAACGUGAUUGGAAAUUUCUGACAGUAGCCAGUGAGCAGUGCUACACAGCUACACUGGGCAAUGCGACGGGCCACCUAAACGCAGUGUUUACUUUUGUCUUUAUUGUUUAUUUAUGAGCACUUAAAAUAUAACAAUUUGACACGGGAAACUUUAUUCUUCGUUAAGCUGAUAUUCGCAGAGUAAAUUUGUUACAAUGCUCCUGUUACAGUCUUCCAUCUAGCGGUUGCAAAUGUCGUUGAAAAGAAGUUGAGUAGCUUGCGAAAGAGCUGAGUAACUGUGUGUGUAUGGUCGUAACAAUUGAAAUAGGCAUAUGCGUAAUGAGGCCCAUAAGGAUUUUUUUUUCUUGGUCUUUUCAUUGCGUUUGAGUAUCGUACAACUCCGAGUGUAUUCCUCUACCAAGGAAUUACUUGAAUCCCAUAUGCGAAUCCUACUAUGUUAACUCCUAAAUUUUAGAUGAAUUUGAAUUCAUGUUAAAAUCAGGCUUAUAAGAAGAAUAAGUAUGUCUUUUUCAAUUUAGGGAAUUGCAUAAUGAAAGAUCAUAUAAAUUUUCGAAAUAAUAAAAAUUCAUCGCUAAUGUUAAAUUACUCACUCCAGAAUACGACGAGUAAUUUUGUUAUAGUUGUAAAUUUUCUCCCCAACGACAUCCGUGUUGGAAACUCGCAUACCUCCAUAGAAAUCUAGGGAUGUAUAUUGGUGGAGCCAAAUCACUUGGCUUACAUUUGCUAACUGACCAAGAACAGGACCGAGUUCAUUUAGUUUACUCUGAUAGAGUUGGUAGUUGGCUCCGUGCUGUUUUAGCAUGUGCCACACUGUCAUGCCUUGCAUUUCAAGUAAAGAGUAAAGCAUUGAAGCCCGGCAAAUUGUAAAAAUUCUUACUUAUAAAAAUCCAGUAAGGCCGUUCAGAUGGGUCCGUUGUCCACUGACGUAUCGUCUUCACAAGAUUCUUGUUUAUAAGGGGAUACCAUUUGAACGAUAAUUGCACCUUGAGGAUGUUGCUGGUAACUUCGAUGAUGAUUAUACGGAAUCGGAUAAGGCUGUGAUUCUUUAUCAUAUUCUGGAAUUAGCUGAAUAAUUAAAAGUAAAAAAAAAAAAAAUACUUUUAAAAUUGGACUGUUUUUACGUAGUUUAAUGACUCACAAGUUGUCGUCAUUUUACCUUUAUGAAGUCUAGAUAUUGUUGCCUUAUUCUUGAAUCACCUAUAAAUACAAAACGAUGACGGCUGGGGAUGGGUUUUGUACCCGUUUGAGGGAACCGGUCUUGGUUAGAAACAAGGUCGUCCAAACAGGUAACUGCAUCUUCUACUGUAUAUUGCCUUAGCCUACACGGUCUUGUCUCCGACCGACUCCUAUGGAAAAAUCCAUUUGUUUUUUUUUCGUAAUUCGAUUCCGUUUGGUCAAGAAGAUUUCCUUCGCAAAUGCGUAAUUUUGUUUGCCAGAAAACAUCCCUUGAUAACAGCAAAAUCAAUAGCAGGUUCAUUAAAAACAUGGAUUUAAUAAAGUAUGCUAGUCGAGAACAUACGUAUGUCCAGCAGUGAUGGAAUACAUUCAACCUUUAAAUCAAGUCGGCUUUAAAAAAGACCGAUUAAAAGAAUAAAAGACAAAAAAAAUUUGUCGGAAACGCUAAGUACCGAUAGGCAUUUGUUACAACUGAAGGGAGAAGUUACCUUUCAAGUAUCGCAGCCAUGUUUUAGGAAAGAGUAACAAUAUUUGUAAUCAACUUUCAAGUAUUCCCCCCCCCCCCAAGUCUAACUGUAAAUUUAUGCAGUGCCUAACAUCCACUACAUUUUAAUUCAAUCUGUUAGAUGCAUAAUACAUUUAACUGAAUAACUAUUUAUAGUAGUCGGAAAUUGAAUUAAAUACGCAAUUAGUUAUUACCUUUGAUUUCAUCGUAAAUGUCGUCGUCGUCAUCAUUAGACAUUUUCUCAUAGCAGAUUUCUCUUUCAGUUCAGCCGCAUUUUAUGGUUUGCUGAAAACGGAGGCGGGGACUGGAAAAAUCCAUGAUGGCCGCCGUUUGCGGACCACUCCUCUUAGAGAUGGCAAUUUAGGUCACACAAGUAGGCAAACAGAAUAGAAAUUCUUGUAAAUCAGAUGACGUAGCACCCAUAAAGUAAAAUUCAGAAAAUUUUUACUCAUGGAAAGCUUGUGAGGUGUGACGAAGGCACCCAUCUAGAUCACUAAAUCCAUGUUCGGACAGGCCUGAACAUGUUCCAACACGAGUAGAGACAGCCAACAUGUCGGUAUUUAAAUUUAUCAUCCAGCAACCUUGAUGCCUUCCUAUUUGAUAUGCCCCUUGCCACUAGGGAAUAAAGAAGCCUGAAGUAGAUGUCGAUCAGGCGUUGAAGAGACGGAGAACAAAGGCAUGUGUUCGUUUGGGAUUGGUUCCCAAGAAAAUGGUGGGAAAAACGACAGUUGGACAGAGGAUGCAUUGGCAACGGUGAUUGGAAAUUUCAGACAGUUGCUGGCCAGUCCUAUACUGAGUUACAUGGUUUAUUAAAUGCCACGGACCGACGAAACACUUAGUACAAUUAUGUCUUUACUAAGGAACAGUUAGUCGCUGUUGAGGUGCCAAGGUAUUUAACAGCUCAUCUACGAAGAACCACGUGGUGAAUUGGCAGUAUCCCUGGAAAAUUUCGUUGGUGUUGGCACGCUAAGAGGAUGGCUGUUGCGAUUGUGGACGCCAUGACGGUUCGAACAAUUACGCCAAUAUCGCCCUAUUCUCGCGUUUAAUGGACACAGGCGCUGAAAGCAGAACCGGUCCUUUCCAAAUCCAUCAAAACAGCUUAUCGAACCGGGUUUCGGUGUAACAAAAUCGGUCCUUUUCAGGUCCACAAACAUCGCUAUUUACGCUCUCGUGUAAAAAAUCGGACCUUUUCAGGUUCACAUGCAUCGGUCCUUUUUAGGUCCCCAAGAAUCGUUAAUCAUACUUUUGUUUGAAUCAAUCGGUCCUUUUGAGGUCCACAAGAAUCUCCAAUUGCGUUCUCAUUUCAAACAAUCGGGCCUUUUCAGGUCUUCAAGAAUCGCUGAUAACGCUCUUGUUUAAAACAACCGGGCCUUUUCAAGUCCACAAGAAUCGCUAAUUACGCUUUAGAUUUAAACGAUCGAUCCUUUUCAGGGUCACAACAAUCAAAUAACCAGGCCUUUUCAGGUCCACGAGAAUCGCUAGAUACGCACGAGUUUCAAACGAUCGGUCCUUUUCAGGUCCUCUAAAAUCGCUAAAUUACGCUCUCAUGCUACACAAUCGGCCCUUGAGAGGGCCACCCAAAUUUAGGAAUCUGAAUCAGUUGGCAACUACAAAGGAUUUCUCUUUCCAUCGAUUUUUAAUAUUUUAGGAUUUUGAAACACGACGCACGUUAGCUUAACCCAUCACACUUUGCAUAUAAUUCGCAGUUAAUCUCUUGCUUGCAAAAUGCAUGAUCGAAAAACUGUUGAGCAAUUUGAGAACAUCAUACCAACACUGCUAACUUAAUAUACUCUAGUAGGUUUAUAAUAUUACGACACGUUAAUGUGCUCUUUGUAGAAAUAGGAAAUUUGUGACAAUUUCUUUUUUAUUGAGAAUUUAAAUUUCAUUUCAAUUUCUGCGUAAAAUUUUCUGAUUUCGACUGUUAUUUGUUACUCUGACAACAGGUGAAUUUCGUCUGCAAUACAAAUCUUUUUAAACAGA